AUGUUGCCAAAGGCAUACCUGCGGAGUCUUCUGAGUUUAGAAGGUGGGAAGUCAGAAGACUCCAAGAGUGUUGUCCUUCCUUGUUUGCCCUACAGGAAUUUCUAAGAGCUGUAUGUCUCUCUGAUCAAGUGCCAAGGAGAUAAGUUUUCAUUUUCUCAAAGAAAAGGCUAAAAGUUGUAGCCAGUGGUAUUUACCAUCAUGGAGACCAAGAGCCAUAACAACCCUCAGGGGAGACCCACACCCUCCAGCAAUGGGAGGGUUUCCAUGAAAGACAAUUAUUUGUUGAUUGAAGCUGUUAAAAAAGGCUAUAUGGAGCAGGUCCAGCAAUUGCUGGAAGGAGGAGCUGAUGUCAAUUUCCAGGAAGAGGAAGGAGGCUGGGCACCUUUGCAUAAUGCGGUGCAGACUUACAGGGAGGGCCUUGUGGAGCUUCUGCUUCAUCAUGGCGCUGACCCUUGCCUGAGGAAGAGGAAUGGGGCCACUCCCUUCAUCGUGGCUGGGAUCAUGGGAAAUGUGAAGCUGCUCCAACUUUUCCUUUCUAAAGGAGCAGAUGUCAAUGAGUGUGAUUCUAAUGGCUUCACAGCUUUCAUGGAAGCUGCUGGGACGGGUCACGUGGAAGCAUUAAGAUUCUUGUAUGAGAAUGGAGCAACGGUGAAUUUGAGGCGAAAGGCAAAGGAGGAUCAAGAGAGGCUUAGGAAGGGAGGGGCCACAGCUCUCAUGGAUGCUGCUGCAAACGGACAUGUAGAGGUCUUGAAGAUCCUCCUUGAUGAGAUGGGGGCAGAUGUCAAUGUCCGUGACAAUAUGGGCAGAAAUGCUUUGUUCCAUGCUCUUCGGAACUCGGAUAAUAGUAAUGUGGAGGUCAUUACUCGCCUUCUGCUGGACCAUGAGGCUGAUGUCAAUGUGAGAGGAGAAGAAGGGAAGACGCCCCUGAUCCUGGCAGUGGAAAAGAAGCACUUGGGUCUGGUGUCGAUGCUUCUGGAACAAGAACGUAUAGAGAUUAAUGACACAGACCGUGAGGGCAAAACAGCACUGCUGUUUGCUGUCCAACUCAAACUGAAGAAAAUUGCCCAGUUGCUGUGCAACAAAGGAGCCAGCACAGAUUGUGGGGAUCUUGUUAUGAUAGCGAGGCGUAAUUACGACAGUUCCCUUGUAGACUUUCUUCUCCGUCAUGGAGCCAGUGAAGAUUUUCACCCUCCUGCUGAUGACUGGGAGCCUCAGAGCUCACGUUGGGGGACAGCCCUGAAACAUCUCCACAGGAUGUACCGCCCUAUGAUUGGCAAACUCAAGAUCUUUAUUGAUGAAGAAUAUAAAAUUGCUGACACUUCUGAAGGGGGCAUCUACCUGGGGUUCUAUGAGGAGCAAGAGGUAGCUGUGAAGCGAUUCUAUGAAGGCAGCGCACGUGGACAAAGGGAGGUCUCCUGUCUGCAGAGCAGCCGAGUCCGCAGUAGCUUGGUGACAUUCUACGGGUGUGAGAGCCACAGCGGCUGUCUGUACGUGUGCCUUGCCCUCUGUGAGUGGACACUGGAGGAGCUCUUGGCCCAUCACAGAGAAGAGGCUGUGGAAAAUGAGGAAGGUGAAUUUGCCCGAAACGUCCUCUUAUCUAUAUUUAAGGCUGUCGAAGAACUCCACCAUUCGUGUGGAUACUCUCACCAGGAUCUGCGGCCACAAAACAUCUUAAUAGAUUCCAAGAAAGCUGUUUGCCUGGCAGAUUUUGAUAAAAGUAUCAAGCUGUCUGGAGAGCCACAGGAAAUCAAGAGAGAUCUGGAGGCCCUUGGACUGCUGGUCCUAUAUGUGGUAAGGAAGGGAGACACCCCUUUUGAGAAGCUGAAGACUAAGAGUAAUGAAGAGGUGAUUCAACUUUCUCCAGAUGAGGAUGCUCGGGACCUCAUUUGUCAACUGUUGGACCCUGGGAAAAAUGUGAAGGACCAUCUGAGUGGCCUGCUGGGUCAUCCCUUCUUUUGGAGUUGGGAGAGCCGCUAUAGGACUCUUAGGAAUAUAGGAAAUGAAUCCGACAUCAAAACGCGAAAAGCUAAGAGUAACAUCCUCCAACUACUCGAACUUGGAAAGUCUGAACAUUCCAGAAGUUUUGUCCAGUGGACUAGUAAGAUUGACAGCUGUGUUAUGCGACAGAUGAAUAAAUUUUAUGAAAAAAAUGGCAAUUUCUAUCAGAACACAGUGGGUGAUCUGCUAAAGUUCAUCCGGAAUUUGGGAGAACACAUUGAUGAGGAAAAGAAUAAAGAGAUGAAGUCGAAAAUUGGAAUACCUUCCCAGUAUUUUCAGAAGAAGUUUCCUGAUCUGGUCAUCUAUGUCUAUACAAAACUACAGAACACAGAAUACAGAAAGCAUUUUCCAAACACACAAUCCAAAUAAGCCUUGGUGUGAUGGAGGCAGAGGUGUCCAGCACCUGAGUGUGGCUGAGUGCUGACCGAGCCUUGUAUAAUCCUGGGCAAUUCACAACUCUCUGGGCCUCUUAACUAACCUGGUUGCUUGUAAGGAAUGAGUUGAAUGGCUGAUAUGUCAGUUCCUGGUACAAUGGUUGGCGUUUCCCACAUGUUUAUGACAAAAAAAGUAUAUGCUCCAAUUACCCUAGUUCUUUUUAAGGGUAAAACUUAGUGGCGGGAGCUGGAAGUGCAUUCUGCCGAUUCCUCUUGUCAAUUGCACCAAAGGAGUGGGUGCCUAGACCUCUAAGGCUAUAUGUUUCACAUCAGUUAUCUCAUGUAAUUCUCACAAUGACCGUGCAAGAUAGGGUUGAUGUCCCCAUAUAAGAACUGACAAACCUGAGACUCAGAGAGUUUGAACUACUUGCCCAAGAUCAUACAACCUGUACAGAGCACUGUGUAAAGGGAUGUGGUGGUAUUGUUACCUCUUACUUGGGCACCUUAAAACUUAGUUACUAUCCCAGGGCUCUUCUGGAUGAGACCCAAAAGGAAUGCCAAAGGGGCUCUGGGUGGCUCAUUCAUUUAUUCAUUCAAUAUUUGUUGAGCAUGUAAUACUUGUAUGAAUUCCAUUCCUUCUAGAACCACUUGCACUGGUUUUCUAUGACCUUAAGGCAAUAGUUCUUAACUGUGGGCAGUUUUGCCCCUCAGGGCCAUUUGGUAGUGUCUGGAGAUGUUUCUGGUUGUCAAAGCUGGGAGGUAGGGGGUUGUUACUGGCAUCUAGUAGGUAGAGGUCAGGGAUGCUGCCAAACAUUCUACAAUGCCCAGGAUAGCACAUACCCUGCACCUCCCGAAUUAUCCAGCCUAAAAUAUCAGUGGUACUGAGGUUGAGAAACUCUGCCUUGAGAGGCUGGGACUCUUUUGAACUGGCUUGGGGCCCGGGACCCUGGAGUGUGCGGACCAUCUCAUGGAGGAGUGACUCAGAUUUGUUUUCUUGCUUUUGGAUCUGUAGUGAGACAGUUCCAGUGUCACCUCCUCAGGAAUUGAUCUGACCACUCUCACUUUCCACACCCCAGUGUGAGUCCUCUUUCUGGCUCCCUAGCACCCCUAGCCACAUCAGAGCACGCCUCUCUCCACCUUGAGUGUGCUUUUUUCCCACUGGAAUCUAAGCUCCUGAGGGCCAAUAAUAUAUAUUUUUUUGAUUUGUGUCAUUACUGCCUAGUAAAUUGUCUGCCCCACGGUAAUGUUCAAUAAAUAUUCAUUGAAUAAUAAAUGAACCAUCUUCAUAGAUGAGUAAUAAUGGUACCUUAUAUUUUCAUGGUCAUUUAUAAUUUAUAAAUUACACCUGCGUAUCUCUUUUAGUUUUAAAAACAAUCCCGUAAGGUGUGUGUCAUCAUCCUCAUUUUGCAGAUGAGGAAACUAAGGUUAGAGACAUGUUGGUUGACUCUAAUACAUAACUAGGAGGUGUCACUCUCUUGAUUUGAACAGAUUUUUUGGGCUUAAGUCUAAUGUUCUUUCCAUUACCCUCACUGUGGUGGUUAAGGUGGAGCUUUGUAAUGGGAA